CUUCUGCCAAAGUUCUUCUGGGGUUUUGUUCACAGUUGUUUUAUUUUUGGUUCUUGUUAUCCUCAGCUAAGCAAAGUUGUCGUUUUCAAAAUGACACCAAGCGUCAAGCGAUCAUGGAGCGGCGGCCCUUUCUCACCCCUCAGUCUAGGAGAAAAUGCCAGGUAGAGAAAGGAACCCCAUUUCAAGUAUCUCCACAAAUUGAGGCAUAAAAGGUUGACUGUUUGGUAUUAGUUUUGUCACAUCAGUGUCAUCAAUUCACAGAAAGAAUCAUUAGGCUAAUAAAGUGGUAAAGUCUCACUGUCUCGUCUUUGCAAAGCUCCAUAUACGUUUCACUGUUAAUCAUCAUCGACUUCCAUCUUUUUUGUUCUAAGACGGCUGUCUAGAGCUCUAAAAUUCGAUUCUCCAAUCUCUCGCGAUCGAAAAAGAAGGAAGACUGUCGGUAUUAGUGAUCCAAUCGACAUCAGACAAUACUCGAGUCCUUUUGGCAAGAAAUCAGAGUAACCGAGCAAUAUGGGCUUGGAUUAUGCUUCAGCAAGAAAAAGACCUCAUGCAGUGUGCGUUCCAUACCCAUCUCAAGGCCAUGUCACACCCAUCAUGCACCUCGCCAAGCUCCUCCACUCAAGGGGCUUCCACGUCACCGUCGUCAACACUGAGCACAACCACCGGCGGUUGAUCCGGUCCCACGGGCCGGACUCCGUGAAGGGCCUGCCCGACUUCCGCUUCGAGGCCAUCCCAGACGGGUUGCCGCCGUCCGACAGCGAUGCCACCCAGGACGUCCCCUCGCUCUGCGACUCUGUAAGGAAGAACUGCCUCGGACCUUUCCGGGAACUCCUGGCAAGGUUGAACUCGUCUGAGGAUGUCCCUAGAGUGAGCUGCGUGGUCUCGGAUGGCGUCAUGAGCUUCGCCAUUGAUGCAGCCCAGGAAAUAGGAGUUCCUGAGGUUCAGUUCUGGACUGCCUCUGCUUGCAGCUUCAUGGCGUAUUUGCACUAUAGAGAACUUGUCAGGAGAGGGAUAUUCCCAUUCAAAGAUGAGAAAUUCAUCAGCGAUGGCACACUGGACACGCCUAUAGAUUGGAUACCCGGCAUGAGAAACAUUCGCCUCAAAGACAUCCCCAGUCACAUCAGGACAACCGACCCCAAAAGCAUCAUGUUCGAUUUCAUGGGAGAAGAAUCUCAGAACUGCCUAAGAUCCUCGGCGAUUGCUUUCAAUACAUUUGACACCUUCGAGCGUGAGGUCCUAGAUGCAAUCGCCAUCAAAUUCCCCUCCAUAUACACCAUAGGCCCGCUUCCCUUGCUGGCAACUUGCCACGAGAAGGAGGCUGACUCCAAAUCUAUAAAGUCGAGCCUAUGGAAGGAGGACACGGAAUGCUUGCAAUGGCUCGACAAAAGAGAACCCAAUUCAGUGGUAUACGUGAACUAUGGCAGCGUGACGGUGAUGUCGGGGAAGCAUUUGGAGGAGUUCGCUUGGGGGCUCGUGAACAGCAACCACCCGUUUAUCUGGAUUGUCCGGCCCGACAUCGUGAGGGGCGAGUCGGCGACCCUGCCACGUGAGUUCCUCGACGGAAUCAGAGGCAGAGGAAUGCUGGCAAGUUGGUGCCCGCAAAAUGAGGUGCUGAAUCACCCAUCGGUAGGUGCAUUUUUGACACACUGCGGGUGGAAUUCAAUGAUGGAGAGUGUCAGUGCAGGAGUGCCCGUGAUAUGUUGGCCAUUUUUUGCAGAUCAGCAGACGAAUUGCAGGUAUGCCUGCACAGAGUGGGGGAUUGGAGUGGAGGUUGAUCAUGAUGUGAGGAGGGAGGAGAUUGAGGGCUUGGUGAGGCUAGUGAUGGAAGGUGAAGAAGGGAAGAGGAUGAGGGAGAGAGCUCAGUACUGGAAGAGGGAAGCUGAAGCUGCAACUUCCGUUGGUGGCUCAUCAUAUGACAACCUUGAGAGGUUUCUUCAAGAAGCUCUUGCGUUCAAGAAAGUAGAUUGUCCUUAAAUCAAAUAUCCUCUUGGGUGUUGUAAUUUAGUUCAUGCUUAAGCUUACUUCUUUAGUGAACAAUCUACAUCUUAUUAGUUUCCAAUCUUUUGAAGUUAGAAAUGUUUCAAAGGGUAUGUACUCAAUGUAAUAUUGCAAUUUAUUAUGGGGUGUAGUUAAAAUAUUAA